GUCGUGGAUGGGCUUUUGAGUUUUGACGAAAAGAAUCGGACACCACGGUUUCUUUUAUCGACCGCCAAAACAGUUCCCCGCUUUUCCAACUUCCAAAAUAAGAAAAGAAAACAAAAUAAAAAGAGAGAGAAAAUAAUCUGAGAAGAGAAACCUAAGCUGAAUGGUGAAAGCUGAUUAGCUUAAUUUUGUCCCUCAAUUCAUUCAUCUUGCUUUCUCUCCUUCGGUUUCGCCAUGUCCAAUAGGGUUCUCUGCAAGUUCUUCAAGCAUGGAGCAUGUCUAAAAGGAGAGCAUUGUGAAUAUGCGCAUGACUGGAACACCCCUGCAAAUAAUACAUGCACUUUUUAUCAGAGAGGAGCCUGUGCUUAUGGCAGCCGCUGCAGAUACGAUCAUGUGAAAGUUUCUCACCUCCAGUCGUCCGCUUCAUCGUCAUCCACUGCCUUCAUUAGAAACGAAACCCCUGGAGUAACCACGAGUGGGGUGGCACCAGUGAGUCAAGUCUCCAGUGUUCAACAGGAGCUAUCACCUUCAACCACACAAUUCCAUCCUCCCAACAAAGCAGCAUGGAAUCAACAGUCUGGGAUUUCUGAUACUGCAGAAGAUGAUUUGAUUCCUCAACCUAAGAGUGAUAGACUGGUUGAUCAAGUUAUUUGCUCAUUUGCUGCUGCUGGCAACUGUCCCAAGGGGGAGAAGUGUCCUCAUAUUCAUGGGGACUUGUGCCCUACUUGUGGGAAACACUGCUUGCACCCUUUCAGACCCAAAGAGAGGGAGGAACAUUUUCAAACCUGUGAGAAAAUGCAAAAACACCUUGAAGCACUGAAACGAAGUCAAGAGAUUGAGUGCAGUGUGUGCUUGGAACGUGUGCUCACAAAGCCAGCCGCAUCUGAGCGUAAGUUUGGUUUGUUGUCAGAAUGUGACCACCCAUUCUGUAUAACUUGUAUCAGGAAUUGGCGUAACAGUUCACCAUCCUCUGGAAUGGAUGUUAAUUCCACCUUGAGGGCCUGUCCUAUAUGCCGCAAACUUUCGUAUUUUGUCAUUCCAAGCGUGCUUUGGUAUUUUUCAAAAGAGGAGAAAGAUGAAAUUGUUGACAGUUACAUGGCCAGACUUAAGUCGAUUGACUGCAAGUACUUCGAUUUUGGCAGUGGAUCAUGCCCGUUUGGAACUAGUUGUUUUUAUAAGCAUGCAUAUCGUGAUGGCAGUGUUGAGGAAGUUGUGUUACGUCAUCUUGGAGCUGCUGAUGGAGAAACUAUAAUAGCUAAAAAUAUUAGCCUUGCAGACUUCCUCAGAAAUUUGCAUAUAAGCUGAACUGAGUUUGGGAAAGCUUCCAGUGUGAGUUCUAUUCUUACAUGUCAUAGAGGUUUGUAUGAAUCUUAAGGAAACAUGUAAAUUCUGGAAUAUGUGAAAUCAUAACAUCAGAUUCCAGUUCAUUUGAAGGAUUGACCUCAGGCAUUCUAAACUGUAUUAAAAUCUACACACAAGUUGCAUAAAGCAUAUACUUCUACAGGUCCCAUGGGUGGCCUCUCAUAAAGUAUCCUUUUACAAAGGAUGAUACGAAUGAAAGGAUGUUGUAAUUCGAGUUUCAAUAAACAUUAUUUUGUACAUGAUUUUUGCUGGUCUUGUUCCCAGCUGUUGAAAGCUAUUCUGGUUUCUGCUGUAAGAUGAGCGUGAUUCGAGACAGUUUUCACGUCUGGAUCUGGAAAGGUCUCUUAUAGCACCUUUUCCAUAUCAAUUUGCGAAGUGCAGCGUGGGAAAUGAACCAUUAGAAAUAUGAUUGUUGUAUUGAAGGAAGCCGGCUUUUUAUUGGCAAAACCUGAGGACUCUUAAAGUCUUAAUUUGUAUGAAUUUAUGGUCAAAAAAAUUGAUGGUACAUUAUUGUGGACUUGUGGUUA